AUGGCUUCAUUUUCUCUCCCUACUAAUCAUGCUCUUCCUUCUCUUCUCCAUUCUCAUACCCCAAAAGCUACAUUCUUUCAAAAUCCCUCUCUUCUUCCCAAAUCUUCACAAUCGCAAUUUCAUGGCCUCAAGCUCUCUAAUUCAUCCCUUGUUUCAAUCCCAUCUACUUCUUAUGUGAAGGGUUCAAUUGUUGCUAAGAUUACAGAAGGUUCAUUGGCACCAGCAUUUACAUUGAAAGAUCAAGAUGGUAAGACUGUGAGUCUUUCUAAAUUCAAAGGCAAGCCUGUGGUUGUUUAUUUCUACCCUGCUGAUGAAACCCCUGGUUGUACCAAACAGGCAUGUGCAUUCAGGGAUUCUUAUGAAAAAUUCAAGAAAGCUGGAGCCGAGGUUAUUGGAAUAAGUGGGGAUGAUCCAGCAUCCCACAAGGCCUUCAAACAGAAAUACAAGCUUCCAUUUACAUUGCUGAGUGAUGACAGUAACAAAGUAAGAAAAGAGUGGGGCGUCCCAUCAGACCUAUUUGGCGCUUUGCCUGGAAGGCAAACUUAUGUUCUUGAUAAGAAUGGAGUCGUUCGACUUAUCUACAAUAAUCAGUUCCAACCUGAAAAGCAUAUCGAUGAAACCUUGAAGUUUCUUCAAAGUGCUUAA